AUGUCAAUAGAUGGCUGCGCGCCUCAGAACCCCUGUCUCAAUGGCGGUAUCUGUAGCACUUUAGAUGUCUUUGGCUCCUACUCCUGCAACUGCCCACCAGGCUGGACUGGUACAAACUGUAAUCAACUAGUACCUUGUCACGACUGCGAACUUCCGAGAAACAUCACUCAAAUGCUCGAAAGCAUUUCAGAGAGAAAUUUGACGAAUGACGUGGCUCUGGAAGUUUCAGAAAACAUCGCGAGGCUCGUGACUGAGAACAUUUCGGCAGCCGAUGUUAUACUCGUGUCCAAUAUUUCAUCCAGGAUUGCCGAUCUUAACUAUACCGAUACGGAUAUCUUGGAUUAUGUGGUAACGAUUGCAAGCAACAUUGCUGAUGUUGGCAUGGAGAAGCUUCGGGAGGCCGAGGAAGAAGAGGACGCUGUGAGUCAAUUCGUGCUGUCUUUCGAGCGACAGCUGAGCAACGUUCAAUUAGAUGAUGGAGAAUCUAUUAGCAUCACAAGGCCUAACGUGGCAGUACAGAUCCGGAGUGUAGCACCUGAUGACUUCAGCCAAGGUCUGGUCAUAGCGCGAGAUCUCCCCACGUCAAGUACUCAAGAACUGACCGCAUAUAACAUCAGCCUGCACAACGCAACGGAUUUCAAUAGACGGGACAAAAGAAAUAAUACCGCAGCUCAAGUAAGCAUCCCGAAGGAGAUCUUCUCCACUUCUUCAUCAUCGUCUCAAAAUUCAACCACCGAAUUCGAUAUGCCCAACAACGAGAGCCACUACCAGAAGCUGGUGUUCAACGUCUACUCCUCGCCAUCCCUUCAUAUAUCCAGGUCAUUACGUAAUAUCAGCGAGAGUCAUGAAGGUUUCAACCGAUCGGCCAAUACGCUUGUUCUGUCUCUCAAGAUUGGAAGGAGAAAGGUGGAGAUGGUAGACGAGUUGAUAAACUUCACCUUCACACCACUCGAGCCUGGUCGCAAUCCAGUAUGUACUUUCUGGGAUGAAGACCUAACAGACUGGUCCUCAGAUGGAUGCAGGCUGCUUUCACAUAGUCUACCGAGUCGCUAUAACGCAGACGAGUCGUCCAAUGUAACUGGUUAUGGUAGAGUCGUGUGCGGAUGCAACCAUCUCACUAGCUUUGCGGUGUUAAUGGACAUAUAUCAUGAGGAGCAUGCAUUGGAACACGUGUAUAGAAACUUAAGUUACAUUGGAUGUGGCAUCUCCAUUGUCAGCUUAAUCAUUACGGUGGGAGCCUAUCUAUCAAACAGAGUGUUGAGGAAGCAACAAAGAUUCAAGAUUCUUAUACUCCUCUGCCUCACUCUCCUCUUACUCUACAUCUCCUUCGUCAUCAUGCUCGUCCUCGACUCGACGCUAGACAAUCGUGAGGUCGCUCCGAUCCCAUGCGCCAUUUUGACGGCCGUCAUCCAUUACUCCCUGCUGUCCUCGAUGGCCUGGAUGGGUGUCGAAGGAUUCAAUGCCUACUUGCACAUCAUCAAGAUCUUUGAUACGUAUAUUCCAAGAUUUAUGCAGAAAGCGACACUUGCUGCUUGUGGUAUCCCUGCAUUGAUCGUCGCCGCGACUGGGACGGUUGCAAGACAAAAGUACGCCCAUCACGAUCGGUGCUUCCUCCAGUUCUGGUCUCAGAUUGGAGGACUCCUCAUCCCAAUCGGGAUCAUCCUCCUCGUCAACAUCGUCAUCUUCUCCAUGGUCAUCGUCCGGUUGGUCCGAUCAGCAAAUCCUGAAGGUCUAGUGAGGAAAGACAAGAGAGAUGAACGUCGGGAAACCAUCAACCGAGUCCAGAUCGCCAUCUCUAACCUUGUUAUUCUGGGCUUGACUUGGACAGCUGGUUUUCUGCUCUUCAUCGACAAAAUAAGCAAGAUUGCAGAGGGGCUCUUCAUCGUUUUGAACGCGCUUCAGGGCUUCUUCAUAUUCCUUCUCUACUUUGUCCGCAUGCCGUUCUUCCGCAAACAAUUGUGCAAGACCUGCCGAAGUGGCAAGCACGGACGAGAGGUCGUCUCGAGUCAACUUCACAUUAGUGAAACUGCAUCAUCAUCCUCAUCCUCAACAACGAAAGCAACAUCCGAGCUGACAUCCAAGCAGACAUCGAGGGGAAACGUUGAUGCAGUAGAUGGAGAAGCCCUACCGCCGGCUUUUAUCGAACUGAAUAAUGUCGGUAGCAUACAUUUGAAAAGGUUACAAGGACCCCAAAAGUUUAAUUAUUACUGAUAAAUCGGGCACUAUAUAGCUGACGCAACAUAUUUACCAUAAUGAUACAUCUCUAGUGCUCACAUCCACCACGCAAAGUGCUCAAAGGGCUUAAGACUGUAAUUAAUCGGCAAAUGUAGAUAAAUGUCUUGCGGAAGGACAUAAGUUCCGUUCCGAGGCUCGAACCCACGACCUUCACAUCUUCAGUCAAGUGCUUAAACCACUCGACUAGGUUACCUCUACAAAUUAUUCAAAUCUGAUUUCAACAAACUGACGAAAGUCUCAUUUUAUUUUUUACAUUUUUAAGGGGGGAAUCGUUAGAAGGUACCUGCACUUUACGAUAUUAGAGAACAGUAGAUACCUAUCUUUAGUAUGUUGAAUAAAUCUAGUCAUCUGAUUGUUCGAAAUUGGAGUCGUGAUAUUAGCCAUGCCCGCAAAGAAACGAACUAUGCCCGUUGCCCCUGGUAUUAUGGGCAUAGUUAAUGACAAACAUGCCCGUUGCCCCGG